UUCCUCCAAUCAGGCAACAGAUGAGCAGAAAGGAAGCCUGGCCGAAAGCACUGAGAGAAGCUGCUUUAGAACCUGUUUUUAGGAACAUUUGUUUACCCAAAAUCGAUAGGCUACGAACAAACUGACUGCAUUUUUAUUAUAUUUUUUGUUGUUGUUGUUGUGAUUAUUUUUUAUAGGCUACAUAAUUAAACAGGACAAUUAACAUAAUUAAAAAUUCUGGCAUAGCUAAUGAUUUAACCCACCAUUUCUAGGCUAUAAAUCUAAAUGGAAUGGCAAAGUAGUGAUACAAACCCACUUUGAUUUGUUUUUCUACCGUGAGAGAUAGUAAUUCUGUUAAAGAUAUUCUAAUAGGGACGUUGAAACAUACCAUAUCGUGACAGCAAUGGAGCAGCUGUUCAUGAAAGUGCCGUACGCCACUGAUGGUUAUUGGCUUUAGAUGUUUUUCUCUGUGGUUUCGGUCAUCGAUCCUUGUAUUCCCGUGAGGGAGAAUCGCUGUACCUCCUCAGGAAGCGCGCGGAAAACACCUUCAGUCUCCACGCUCAGAUCGGAGCGCGCACGCAUCUCUCUCAUUCCUUCAGGCGGGAAGCGCGCGCGGUUCUGAGGAGACCUGCUGCAACGGUCGCUAAGAAUAUAACUGACAUUUUCUGGAAGCACGCCGUCGAAUAAGUGAUGAAGUGUUUAGUGUUUAUUUCUCAGGCUUUAUGACAAAUGUCAUUGGAGUAAGUUCACGGCACCUCUGGAUAUAUACUGUUGCUUCGGCGGAAUAUCAAGGAAUAAUGUGGAAAUAUAUCAGAUGCCGUGGUGGAUGACAUCCGACAAUGAACGCAGAUUUUUAGAAGCAGUUCCAAACGUAUCAACCAAAGACAAAGCCAUUUGACUAUAACUGUGUGCUCCACCCUGAUGUCAAGGCCUUGUCCCUCCACCCGAGGUCCUAAACCUCCUGUGGCACCAAAACCAAGGCUAGCCUCUGAGGUAAGCCAAAGCAUUGUGGGCAACGGGGACAUAACAUCCUCUGAUAGACUGGAGCUGAACCAGGAUAAUGAAUCAGAUGUCACACAGGACGAAGCAGACGCAUCCAGAGAAAACUGUACAGAUGAUGAUGUGGAAAAUGACUUGUCUGACAAAGAGUUUACUGUAAAUUAUGACACUAACCAUGACACAAGUUGCUAUAAUGAAAUAGAGGAAGAAUUACAAAUGGCAGUGGAUGAAACAGUGGGAGACAAUGAAGCCACUGAAGUACAGCAUGCAGCCUCUUCAGAUUUCGAUUCAGCAGAUGACGACCACAGCAAAGACACUGAUGAUACCAAGCCAACUGAAAAUGGAGACAAUGCUUAUAACGUACUUGAGGACACCUGUGAGACACUAAAUGAGGAUCAGCCCGCAGGUGAAUCUCAAAGUCCAUAUGAGGAGAUUGAGGAACCACCAUCAGACAAUGAUCAGUAUGAAGAGAACACUAAAGCAGGUGAGGCACAAGAAGAUGAGCCUGGACUUUCUUCAAAGGCUACAACCUGCAGUCAACCCUCACUAUGUGAGGAAUACCCUUAUGAUGUCAUUGGCACACUGGAUGACAACAGUACUUGGCAGGCCGAACGUGCUACCAAAGACCCAUCUGGACGUUUCAGGUUCGCAGAGGAGACGGAAGAUCCAUUUGAGCCCUACUCUGUCAUAGAGGUUGUACCAGGUGAUUUGACAUGUACCUCUGAUCCAGAAGCAAGAUGCACUGAUGACGAGUCCAGCAAUGAGAAACCAAUGGAUUCUGAGAUCGCAACGGAGGAAGCAUCAAACCAAGAGCCAUACUAUGUAUCAUCAGACGAUGUGGCAGAGUUAGAGGACGAACAGGCGAAAUUAGAAAAUGACGUCUCUCAACCUGCUUCUGAGGGUCAGGAGAUGGCAAAAAAUGAAGAGGUUGAUGACUACGCUGAUAUCAAAGACAACGAUGGCGAUGAUCCGCAGAUAGAAUGUGUGUCAUCGGAAGAUUACGUCGAGAUAGGAGAUGAAGAUGAGCCGGUAAACAUGGAGAGGAAAACCAAGGGCAAAAGUGUAAGAGAACGAUCAGCUAGAAGGGGACAAGCCCUCUUGAGUCAGAGGAACAGUUGCCAGCCACGUCUCAGACUUUGCAACAUUACCGUUCCUGCUGACUUGGAUGUAGGCAGAACUCCAGAACUUACAAACCGUGUGGUUUUUGCCCACACCACAGAAGCAUUUGAAGAGGACAUCGAAGAGCUGGACUGUCACAUUGUGCCUUUCUUCGAGGACUCGGACACAGAAAGCGACGAGCACAUUUAUGAGGAGGCUGGCUUCGACUCGGAGGGCGAGAAUUUUAUCUCUCUGGACAGGAAGAGCAUUGUGACGAGAUCUCGCUCGCUCUCUGGGAAAGUACCUGGAUAUGUUCCUGAGACUGUGCCGGAGGAGACGGGCACUGAGUACCAGUCUCACGACUACUACACUGUGGCCUUGGACCAGAAUGGAGUUCCACACCCCAAGCUUUCAGACGAAACAGAGGCAAACGAAAUUAUUCCCUCGUUGAAGCCAAGGCGCUUUCUUCUUUCUCCUCGGUCGCUUUCUGUCGAGGGCAGAGAUUUGCCGUUCUCGGGGCACUUCGAGGGUGAGAAAUCUCCUAGAGAGCAAUGCAGAUUGCACAAAAAGGAUGACACACUUUCUUUGCCCUGUGUGAUUACUUCUUCCGGAAGCUUUUCUCAAAGAAGCCACCAGUCCUCCAGUGGCGUGUCGACACCUACGUCUCUAGUUGAUAUCCCACCACCUUUUGAGUUAGCUUACAUAACUAAAAGACCUGUAACCAAAAGCUCUCCAUCACUUCUAAUUCAGCAUGAAUCUCCCGACAACCUCAAAAAGAAGAAGACUUCAUUUAAACGUUUCUUGGCUUUAAAAUUUAAGAAAAAAUCCGAAAGCAAAGCACGUGGAGAUGGCAGCGUCCGUUCCUCCAGGUCAUCAUCUGAGUCUAGCCACCAUGGACCCAUUCGGGUGCUGGAUCUUGAUCGAAGGAGUACAAGCGGCUCCCCACAGCUUCAGUCUCGUGUGGGAAAACCACAACGUAACUCAGAAAUACCUAACACUUUUCUGCUUUACAAAGAGAGGCAAAGAAGGCAAGGUGCACCCAAAAUUUACAGCAGCAGGGGUAUAGCCAGGGUGGAGUCUUUUGAGGACCGCUCUCGGCCACCCUUCAUGCCCCUACCCCUCACUAAACCUCGUUCCAUCUCCUUUCCAAGUGCAGAUACUUCUGAUUAUGAGAACAUUCCUGCAAUGAGCUCAGACUAUGAGAAUAUCCAGAUUCCGCAUGGACGGCCCACUCGGGCCGUCACUAUUACAGAGUUCUUCGAUGACCACAAUCGGACAACAGCACCUGCUAAUGAGAAUGACGGCUAUGUGGACAUGAAUAGCUUUGCGGGAAUAGAAAACAAACCCACCACUCAAGAGCAAGACCCUGAAAGUGCCUACACUGAGCCAUUCCCUGUUUGUCCUGUGUCUGCCACUGUGUCCAAUGAGGAAGACCAUGGACGCACAUCUGAGGAAGAGGACGGUUGUAUAGACCAUUGCCAUGACCGACAGAUUGAUGGCCGAUCCAGAGCCUACUAUGUUGCCAAAGACCUCGUGGACUCAGAAACAGAACACGUGAAGGCUCUGAAGAUUCUUCAGGAGGAUUUCAGGGCAGCAGUAGAGUCAGCAGGAGAUGAUGAGGAACCUCUGUUAGAAAAUGGCAAGCUGGAUGAGAUCCUGAGCACUCUUCCUCAGGCCUACCAGCUGCACAAUGAGAUCCUCAGCGAGCUGGAGACUCGCAUUAAACAGUGGGAGGACAGUCCGAGAGUGGUUGAUGUCAUAUUAACGCGCAGGGCUGAGUUUUCAUCCUUCGCGACCUACAUCUCAGACUAUGACCGCAGCAUGUCAGUGCUGGAGGAGAGCUGCAGACAGAGUAAAGCUUUCGAAGAUGUGGUAAAACAGUUUGAGACACAGAAUGCAGAAGGAGUUCAUGUUCCUCUGAAACACCAGCUGCUGCGGGUCAUUGUGCGAGUGCUCCAGUACCGCAUGAUCCUCACAGACUACUUAAACAACCUCUCUCCGGAUUCGAAAGAGUAUGAAGACACACAAGCUGCGCUGGUAAUCGUGUCAGAGGUCGCAGACCAGGUUAAUGACAAUCUAAAACACGGGGAGAACCUGCUUCGCUUAGUGCACAUCGACUACAGCGUGAGGGGAAAAAGAGACCUUCUCCAACCAGGAAGGGUUUUUGUCAAGGAGGGCACUCUGAUGAAGGUCUCACGGAAAAGCAGGCAGCCCAGACACCUCUUUCUGAUGAAUGACGUGAUGCUGUACACAUACCCUCAGCAGGAUGGUAAAUACAGGCUGAAGAACACACUGACUCUAAGUGGAAUGAAGGUCAGUAAACCUGUCAUAGACAAUGUGCUCAACACGCUCAGGAUAGAGGUCAGCGAUGUUACCAUCACCCUUUCAGCAAGUUCUGUAGGUGAGAGAGAGGACUGGUUUCACACGCUGAGCCGGGCUAUAGCGGAUCACGCCGCAGGCCUUAAUACCUUCAGCUGCUCUAGUGAGGCGAGAGAGAAAUUAUGGAUGUCUCUGGGAGAGGCUGCUCCUGUUCUAGUUCCUGUGUCACAUGUGAUGAUGUGCAUGAACUGCACGUCGGACUUCAGCCUAACACUGCGACGGCAUCACUGCAACGCUUGUGGAAAGGUUGUGUGUCGCUCCUGCUCAAGGAACAGGUAUCCUCUAAAGUACCUGAAGGACAGGAUGGCUAAAGUCUGUGACCACUGCUACGCCGAGCUCAGAAAGAGAGGUGGAAAUGUUCCAGGAUCAUGUGGGAGCGCCAGUCCGCGCACAAACAGGGCCAGCAGGCCUCUUUCUGCCGUGUUCCAGAGCCUACAGCCGCCCAGCCUGUGGAGGAACAGAAAGAGCUCCUCACCUCUCACACAGGUAUCUGUGGGUGCAGAGGGGUCCACUAUGAGUGGCAGUCUGCAAAGACGCAAAAAGAGCAAAAGGAAGUGGAAGAGGCUGUGGUUUCUGCUCAAAGACAAGGUGCUCUACACCUUUAAAGCACGAGAGGAUAAAGUGGCAUCGGAAAGUCUUCCACUGCAGGGUUUUACUGUGAAGCUGUCGGAUCGAUCAGAGGGGGAAGACAAAGACAACGUUUUCCAGCUGUACCAUAAAAAAACACUGUAUUACACCUUCAGAGCAGACGACCAGCAUACUGCACGCAGGUGGGUAAAUGCAAUGGAAGAGGCCACGGUGUUAUAGUAUCCAGCUAUCUGCCCAGAUGACGGCAGGAUUCCCCAGACAGCUAAACCCAUUACGGGCUUAAACCUAUGACAUCAGAGUCACCUGUGCCUGAGAAACCAAUGGAACCACACCACGAAUACCUUCGUUUUUUAUCUUUAUCUUCUUUUUGGCUGCUGAAAUUAAAGACAGAGUCACACAAGGCACGUCAAGCUCGGUGUUUGUGCUGUCCCAGGACGAACGCUAUGCCUCACCUACUUCACAGACUCAUUAAAAAAGUGCCAUAUGUAAACAGUGCAGUUCAGUGAAGCUCAGGUGUUGUGAAACUACUCAUCUGUGUCGAAUAAAGGAGAAUGAGAAUGUUCGUUUUUUAGAAACUGUAACUACCUUUCUAUAUGCAGAUAUAAUUCAGUGCUGUCAUUUUAUACACUGAUGUAAAAUUCAAAAUAAAUUAAGGAAUUUGUUAUAGUUUGAAUGAAUAUGAGGCUUGUAUUAGACAAUAUAUUGUUCGUUUAACAGGUAACUGUUUAGCAUGGUCUAUCCUACCACCUCAGAUAUCAAAAAAAAAAAUCCAUGUUUUAUAUAGAAAUUACAUCAUGUGAUAUAUAUUUACAUUUGGAUUUGAUACAGAACUGUAUAGCCUAAAUGAAGCAAGCUGUACAUUUUACAAUUCAGUGUAAUAUAUUUAAUUUGCAGGUGUGUUAAGAUAUUGCUAUCAUCUGCUGUGAUUCAUUUUUCUCCUCUCGUUUGGUAGUUUUUUUUUACCGUGGUCCUCAAGCUGAUCUGUUCCCUUACAAUCAUCACCAUGGCAACCAUUGUUUUCGCUGGAAUACCACUACAGUUAUUGUUACUACAGUGAAGCUGUGCUAAUAUGAUUUUAGCCACCACUCACAUCAAAAACAUAACAAUAAAACAUAUACAUGAUCCUAUAUGCAUUAGGUAUAAUAACAUCGUUAUUAAUAACUGGUAUAUUAAACUAUGGUUACUGUGGUAAUUUUAUGUAAGGAUGGUUGUAUGCACCACCUCGAAUGCAUCUGAAGGCCACAUUUGGUAAAACCUCGAUGUAAAUCAGUAUGCAAAUGUUGUGAACAUCUGUGUCAGUUGAACCUUUCAUUAAAAAUAAUGAAGUGUC